AUGCCUAUUUAUGUUUCUUUUUUUUUAUUACUUGUUUAUAACAUUGUAAUAAAAAUUUAUGAUUGCAUACAAAAUUGUAGAGUUAUUAAAAAGAAUGAAUUAUUAUAUGUAAACAAUAAAAUUUUAUUAUGUGACAACUGGUUUAAAAGAAAAACAAAUAAAGAUAAAUAUAAACAUAAUAUUAAUAUUAAUAAAUAUGUCAAUUGUAAUGCUUAUAAAUCAUGUAACAGAAAAAAUAAUAAUGUAAUUUAUUUUAAUAAGGAUAAUGAAAUAUAUGUAAGUCUAUUAAAUGCACCUAUUGUAGGUGUUAAAAUAAAUGAUGACAAAUAUAAUGCAGAUGUUAUAGAACAUAAUGUCAAAGAGAAUGAAGAAAAAAAUAUAUAUAUAAAAGAUGAUAUAAAGAAUGUAAACAAGGAGCAUAUAAAUAAAAUAUAUCAUAUAUAUAAUAUAUAUAAUACAAAUAGUGUUUGUAAUAAUUUUAAUUUUAUUAAACCACAAGUUAUAGAAGAAGAACCCUUUUCCUUUUUCACCCAUUUGAAUAAUUAUUCUUUAUUGAAAGGAAAAAAAAAUAAUUUUUUUUAUAAAGAUAGAAAUAAAUUAAAUGACUGGUUAUGCACACAAUAUUUGCCACAAAAUAUAUCUUGUAGAUAUAUAAAAAAUAUACUGUCGACUUUUAGAUCCUACGAUUCUAAUAUCAAGGAAAAUAUAUUAUAUCAUUUAUUAUUAAAAUAUAUUUAUUAUAAUAAGAAUGAUAAUACAUCUUUUGAGAAAAAAAUAGAGUUAUUAAAUAUUAUUGAUCAAAAUAAAUAUAAAUUUAUAUUAGACCAUGUAAGGGUAUUACAUAAGGUGGUAAAAAAAGAAAAAGAUAAAAUUAUUAAACAUAUAUAUAAUGAAAAAAAUAAAGACAUAAAUAUAAAUGAUAAAAUUAAUGAUGAAACAAAUAUAUUAUCUAUUUAUAAUACAGAAAAAAAUAAUAUAAAUAAUAAAAAAAUUUUAUAUGAUAAUAUUAAUUAUAAUAACAAAAUUAUUGAUAUUUAUUUAAAAAUGAGAAAAAAAUAUAAUAUCCUUUUUGUAACUUUAAAAAGAGAAAAUAAACAAAAUGUUUAUAAAAUAUAUAAAAAAAUUAAAAGAAAUAUAACAUUUUAUGAUUUUUAUGAUCGUUUACUUAUUCUGAAUUAUUUUCAUAUAUCUCAUGAACAUCGUUUAGUAUUGUUGUUUUUUAAAAAAUAUAUUUACAAGUUAUUAAAUAAAGAAAAUAUGUUUAUUAUAAAUUUUAUAAAUUCUUUUUUUCAAAAUAAUAUAUUAUCAAAAUAUAUUUUAUAUCCAAAAAGUACAUAUAAUGAAUCUAUAUACACAGACAUAAAAACAAAUAAAAAUAUAUCAGAAUAUAUAAUAAAAGAUAAAUACAAGUUAUAUUAUUUGCCUAUAAAUACAUCAAAUUUUAUUGAGUAUUAUAUGAAAAAUUUUUUCUUUCCAUCAUAUCUUUUAUCUAACAUAAAUAAAAAUAAUAACAACAUAAAUGUUCAUACUUAUGACACAAAAUUUUUAUUUUAUUUAAAUAUGUUACAUUCCUUUUUAGAAAUGAAUAAUUAUUAUUUUAUUCAUAAAUUUAUAGAACAAUUUUGUAUCUACUAUUCAAAAAAUAUAUCUAAUCAUAUAAUAUAUGAUGAUAAUAAGUGGUCUUUUUUUAUUUUAACAUUAUCUUUUUUAAUGAGAUAUGUAUAUAUGAAAAGAAAAUUUCAUAUAUUUAAUUUGAAGGAACAUCAACAUAGUGUAGAUAUACAUUAUCAAAAUGAAAGUGAUGAAUAUAAAAUGAACGCUAUAAAAAAUAUAAAUAAUAAUAAUAUAAAAAAAAUAAAUGAAAAGAAAUAUAUUAUUCACAAUAAAAAUGAUAAUUACUUAUCAUAUCCUAUUCAUAUUUACAAUGAGGAUAUUUUUAAUUAUCAACAAAAUUAUUGUAUAACAAAUUAUUAUAAUCAUUUAAAUCAUCAUAUAAUUGAUUAUAUUAAAAAUGCAAUCACAAGAGGAGGAGAUAUACAUAAUAAAAGAAAAAGUAUAUAUAAAAAUAUAUCACUACUAUUAUUUUUGCAGUAUGUUUUUUUACUUAAUUUGGAUAUAGACAAUAUUCAUUUUUUAAAUAAAAAGUCAAAGAAUUAUUUUGAAAAUAUAUAUGUAGUAGGAACUACACAUCAACAAAAUGGUCAAUAUAAUAACAAUGAGCACUGUGAUAAAAGGGUUCAUUGGAAUUUAGAAGGGAUAAAAAAAAAACAAAAUAAUAAUAACCACAAUAGUGACAAUAAUAAUAAUAAUAAUAAUAAUAAUAAUGUGAUUGAAAAUAAUAAUAAUGUGAUUGAAAAUAAUAAUAAUUUGAUUGAAAAUAAUAAUAAUUUGAUUGAAAAUAAUAAUUGUGUGAACAAAAAAUGUACCACUUAUAAUAGACCAUCCAUAUUUUACAGACAUGAUAAAUAUAUGAACAAAGAUACAUAUUUACAUUCAAAUAAUUUUUUUUUAUUUCCAUUUCUUAUUAAAGGAUAUAAAAAUAUUUUAAAAAGUUGUUUCUUAAAAACAAAUUCAAUAAGUGACAAUAUGAUGAUUUACAAUUACAGCUUUGAACAAUUAUAUUAUUUUAUUAAAACAUAUUUGGAUGAUAAUAUAAAUAAAUAUUAUUUCUUAUAUAAUAAUAAAAAUAAAGAAAAUGAAUUAAUUUUAAAUAUAAAACCUAUUUUAUCUUUAUUCAAAAUAAAUAUUCUCUUUUUUUUUAAAUUAAUAUAUAUAUUAGAUAUAUGUAAUUAUAAAUAUAUUGCCUUGUCUAUUAUCAAUAAGUGUAAAAAAAAAAAAUGGUUUAAAAUAAUUAAUAACAAAGUUAUAAAAUUAUUAAUAAAUAAAUUUAAAUAUAAAAAUAAUAAAAAUUGUAAAAACAAAUUAUAUUUAUUUUCCUUAUCAUUUAUUGAGAAUAAUGCAGUAUCUGAAUAUAUGGAUAUAUAUAAUAAAUAUAAAAUGAUCAUAAAUUCAAAUGAUAAAAAAUUUAUUAAAAAAAUUUUCAAUUCAUUAAUUCAAAAUGAUAAUAAAAUAAAAAAUAAUAAUAAUAUUAAUAAUAAUGAUAUUUAUUAUAAUAAUUAUUAUGGUGGGACUACAAAUAAAUGUUUUAAAAUAUUUAAGAAAUAUGCCUUACCAUUAAAUAUAAAACAAAUCUUCUUUCUUUUUAAUCAUUUACAAAAAUUUAAUUUAAAUUAUGAAAUUAUUAUCUUAUAUAACCGUUUAUUCAAAUAUAAUAAAUAUAUUAAGAAUAAUAUUUAUUUAGAUAAAGAUACACAAAUUUUUAGAAGACAAAAGAAAUAUGUAAAAUCUUCAAGCCAUAUGUAUAGACGCAUUUUUUCUAUUUAUAUUCAUUCAAUUUUAAGUGUAAAUAAUUUAUUAUUAUUAAAUGAUCAAGAAAAAAUAAUCAAAAAAAAUAAAAUUAAAAUUAAAAUGAAAAAUAUUAUAUGUCCAUCUACUUAUUCUAUCCUUUAUAAAACCCCUUUGUAUAUAUUUCGUCAUUUUAUAAAAAAGUAUAAAAACAAGCAACUACAUAUGUCACCAGAAGGAUGUGAUAAUAUAGAUUGUGAUCAUUCUAGUGAUGAUAAGAAUGUGAAUCCUUUAUAUAAUAAUAAAUGUGUAGAAGGCAUUAAACAUAUGAAUAUUAUAAAGAAGGAGGUUAACAUGAAAAAUGUGAAUAUCAUAAAAAAGGAGGACAAUAUAAACAGUGAGAAUAACCUAAAAAAUGAUGAUAAUAUAAACAGUGAGAAUAACCUAAAAAAUUAUGAUACUAUAAACAGUGAGAAUAACCUAAAAAAUGAUAAUAAUAUAAACAGUGAGAAUAACCUAAAAAAUGAUAAUAAUAUAAACAGUCUGAAUCAUCGUUAUAUUAAUAUUAAAAAAUCAAUUGAAGAUAUAAUACGUGGAAACGAUUUAUUUUCUUCUUUUGAUGAAGAGACAAUGCAAAAAUUCAAAAAAAGUAAUCUUGUGAACAAAUUUUUUAAUAAUUCAUUUAAUCCUACUUAUAAAUUAUUAUCAAAAAAAGACUACACUUUAAUAUUUUAUAUUAUAAUGAAAUAUAUUUAUAAACAUAAAAUAAAAUACACAUAUGACAUUUUAUGCAUUGAUAAAGAAAAUAAUUUAAAUGUAAAGGGGGUUGGGGAAAAAAAAAAAAUAAAAAAAAAAAUAAAUAAAUAUUAUAAUAAUAUAUUAUAUAUAUAUUUAUAUUUUUUAUUGACAUUAAAAUGUUAUAUGAAUAUAUAUAAAAUAGAUCAGAUAACUUUUUUAAUUAUAUUAAAAAUAAUUAUAAUAAUGGAUGACAUGACUAGUUUUAAAAAUUUUCUUUUAAUAAAUGAAAAUAAGAAAUUGAUUGAUGAUAAUAUAUUAUAUAUAAAUUCUUUAAUAAAUAAUUAUUAUGUUGAUAAUUAUAAAAAUAACAUCAAAGGAUUAAAUGAAAAGGAUAAUAAUAUGAUAUUUUCUAUGAAACAAGGAAUAUGUAUUGAUAUGUAUAUAAUGAAAGAUAACAAUUUAAUAAUAUAUAAUUUAAAUUAUUAUAAACUUAUUAAAAAAUUUUGUAACAUAUUUAAAUACAAUAAUAUAUUAAAAAUAUAUUUUUACUUUGAUUGUAGAAAAAUAUCACACACAUUAUUAAAUUUAUCAUCCAUUUUUUCGCAUUUUAAAUUUUUAAAUAAUCCACAGUUUAUAAAAUAUAUAUAUGAUAAAGAAGGAAUUUUAUUAUCUCCUAAAAAUAUUUAUGACUCUUCUCAGUUUGUUAUAUUUUAUGGUAAUUGCAUGUUUAAAAAGAGCAAAAUAUUUGAAUUCUUAACUUCUUCAUUUUUUAAAAAUGUUACAAUACAUAAAAAUGAUUUAAUAAAAGAUGCUUAUGUCUUUUCAAUAAGAGGAGAAUAA